AUGGCCGCCGCGAGCGAAGUCGUCUUCACGAGACCACAAGCAAUGGAUAUCGACGCACCUGGCAGCAAACCGCGCCUCUCCCCCCUUACAACCCCCACGGUCUCCGAUGACCCUGAGAAAACCCCAGUCGCGCUCGCAGACAAUACCCCACGUACAGAAGCUGCCGACGACCCGAACCGACUCUCUUUGCCUGGCAAGCGCGCGUCCGAGUCGACCGCGGACGACCGGCCAAGCAAGCGCGCCAGCCAGCUGUCCGGCGUGUCCGCAGCCUCACAGCCAUCUUCGCCUGCGCUGCAACGCGCACAUCAGUCCUCCCUUUCCGCCAGCCGCCCUGCCCCACCAUCCCCGCGUCUUUCGCGUCGCGGCAGCACCACCGACAGACGGUCUAGCGGUACCGCCAGCCGUGCUUCUCGCUCCGCUGCCCCUGCACCCCUCACACCAGGCAUCCACCGCUCCUCAUCCCCCGCACCCCCACGUAUUCGAGAUUAUGCCUAUCCGCACGACGACCCGCGCCAUGUGGGCACCGGUCUCGCGCCCCCUACGUCCUCCGCGCCAAAUGACCUUGCCGAGGGUUACGUCCGCCUCUCCGGCGAGGGCGAACGGGAGCGCAAGCGCGGCAGCGGCUGGAGUAGCGAUCAUAGUACGGGCGACGGAGACAAUAAAGGACCUUGGGGUGGCGAUGAAGGCUGGGCUGGCCUUGGCUGGAUGGGCCGCCUGAGCUGGCAGUUCAAGAACGCCAACGGGGGUGCCGGCGCCGCAGGUGGAGGCGAAGGCUCAGGCGGCGGUGGUGGCGGAGGUAGCCAGGGCCCUGCCCGCUACACGGACUCCGAUGGCCGCAUCGACCUCGACCGGGCUGCUGCACUCGAUGACGACGUGGCUACAGAGCCCGACGUCGACUCUCCCGCUCGCUUCGGCUCUCAUUCGCCCCACGCGCCAGAAUUCGACGAGGACUCGCAGGCGUACGACGACAGCCGCGUCGACGGGACCGACGAGGAAUCGUCGGUACCUGCGCCAGGCGUCUACCGCGCUGCAUACUCUUUCGCCGCUGAAGGUCCCGCCGAGAUGUCCGUGCGCACUGGCCAGCUCGUGCGCGUGAUCGGAGGCGGCGAUGCUGGAUGGGCUAUCGCUGUGCGUGGCUGGCAUCCACGGGGGUCGGAAAAAGAGAAGCUGCAGCGGCGAGUGCAGGAACUCGGUCUCGCCGAUACCGACGAAGAGGAGGCGGAGGAAGGGGCGGAAGACUUGGGGAAGGAAGACGUCGACAAGGAGGGGAAGGACGGCGAGCACGCACUCGUACCCGAGAGCUACCUCGAGCUCGUCCGCGCCGACGGGGAUGAGGGCGGGAGCGCAUAG